AUGGGCGCCCGGAAGCGCGGGACCAGAAGCCGGAGAAGCCGGGACAGCCCCAUGCCCACGCCAUGUAUUCAGGCACUGUGCUUCGACCCUCUGGUGCGACGCUGCUUGGAAUGUAACCUCCUCCGCACACCGGACCCUCCUCGGCACGCCUUCGGCCCCUCAGUCCUCCGCCCUCCGUCCGCAUCCCCUUCACCUUCAGCGCCCGGGACAGCGCUGCAGCCACAGGAGUCGGUGGGCACGGGACCAGGGCCGGACGCGACGCUGCCGCUGCCCGGGCUGCUCUUCGGAGCCCCCGCGCUCCUGGGACUGGUGCUGGUGCUGGUCCUGGUGGCCCUGGUGAUCUGGAGGUGGUGGCGGCAGCGCAGGAUGGCCUCCCCUGACACCCCAGACGGAGUCCAAGAAGAGUCCCUGGACAAUGUCUUCGUGUCCUCCUCAGAAACCCCCCCUGCCUCCGCUCCCAUCUGGCCUACCCCCAAAGAAGACGCCGACGCCACCCUGCCAAGCCACAGCAUCCCAGUGCCCGCCACAGAACUGGGCUCCACUGAGCUGGUGACCACCAAGACAGCCGGCCCUGAGGAAUAGCAGCUGUGGAGGGAACCGAGGGAGCCCUACCGGCUUUGUGGACUCUCCCCCUCCCCCCAGGCCUUGGAAAAGAAGUUCAGCCCUUCAGGGACGGAGCCCAUUGCCCGGAGGGUACCCGGCAGAACCACAGACACUACAGGCCACA